AUGGACCAGGCACAGCAACUUCUCGAAGUCCCCAGGGAGUUCCUCAAGGAUGGCCAGGGUUUCUUGGCCCGGUGCAGCAAGCCGGAUCGUCGCGAAUUCCUCCGUAUCUCGCAAGCCGUCGGCAUGGGUUUCUUGAUCAUGGGCGUUAUUGGAUACAUUGUCAAGCUGAUCCACAUUCCCGUAAACAACAUCUUGGUCGGCGGCGCAUAA